AUGGCAGAGGACACCAACAAAAUUCCAUUAGUUGAUCACGCCUUCGUUGAAUCCACGAAAAAAAUUAGCGACGAGAAAGACGUCGUAGCGUGGAUCAACUCAGAGGCCUUCUCGCGUUUAAUGCGGUUCAUUGAAAACCUGAAUGAAAGUGUUAUGAACAAGAAGAUAUCGGAUCCCUGUUUGGUUACCGAGCUUCCACAAAAAAUAAUCAAUUCUUUGAACACCCUGAAGUUGUGGGUCGAGGAGAUCCCACCAUUGCCAACACCUCAGAGAUUCGGUAAUAAGGCUUUUAGGGAAUGGGUUGCUCGAUUGGAAAAGGUGGGCAAAGAUGCUGUCACCAUUCACCAAAACAUUCUUCCGUCUCAGUAUCACAGUGCGAUUGUUGAACUCGUACCAUACCUCGUGGGUAGUUUUGGGAAUGGCACACGUAUCGACUACGGUAGUGGGCAUGAACUCAGUUUCGUUGCAUGGUUAUGCUGUUUGAGUUUGUUGGGCGCGCUUCGAGAGCAAGAUAAUACGGCGUUGGUGCUGAGACGCGUUUACAUGUUGGAACCGGCGGGUAGUCAUGGCGUUUGGGGAUUGGAUGAUCACCAGUUCCUGUCGUACUAUUGGGGGAGUGCCCAACUGAGAGGUUCGAAUUAUCUGGAGCCAAAGUCCAUAUUAUCAGGCGAUCUGGUGAACGAGAAUUCAAGUGAAUACAUAUAUUUCGGCUGUAUCAAAUACAUUCACGAGGUUCACAUUUCAUAA